AUGCGAACAGAGCCGGUGACAACAUGUGACAUGAAUAUUAAUUCAAUAGUUCGUCGUUUACCAAAUGGAUAUGAUACACAAAGAUGUCAUCCAACAACUCGUAUUCAAUCAUCGAAACGAUUAACAAGUUUAGCAACAACUAACGAUUCAGAUACAUUAUUUUCAAUGGCACCUCGUUUUCAUCGAGUCGUACGUAAAACACGACGAGAUGAAUCGGAAAUUAGUCCAUGUAUUAAAUAUCUUAUGUUUAGUUUUAAUAUUCUCUUUUGGAUUCUCGGUUUUAUGAUUGCUGCAAUUGGUAUAUAUGCUUGGAUUGAAAAAGAUACAUUUGAUAAUUUUGGUCGUUUAACAAUGGGUGGAACAUUAUUUUUUGAUCCCGCAUUACUUUUUGUACUUGUUGGAAUUUUUAUGUUCUUUAUUGGCUUUGCUGGUUGUGUUGGAUCAUUGAGAGAAAAUACGUGUUUGUUACUUUUUUUCAGUUUCUCUUUAGCAGUUAUCUUUUUUGCACAACUUGCAUUUGGUACAUUAGUAUUUAUUUAUCGAGAAAAAGUUAAAAAUGAAGGUGAAAAACAAUUAAUGAUUAUGAUACAAAGUUAUCGUGAUGAUCCAGAUUUACAGAAUAUGAUCGAUUGGAUUCAACGUCAUUGGCUUCAUUGUUGUGGUGUAAAUAAUUAUCGAAAUUGGGAAAGUAAUACUUAUUUUAAUUGUUCAUCAAAACUUGUUGGAAGUAUUGAAGCUUGUGGUGUACCAUCUAGUUGUUGUCGAUUAGAAUAUUUUCAUAAUAAUAAACAAUGUGGAUUUGGAACAUUAGAACCAUCGGCAGUAACACAGAUGAUUUAUACAGAAGGAUGCCUUCCGAAAGCGUCACAAUGGUUUGAAAGACAUAUUUUACCUGUAGCAAUAGUCAUUGUUAUUCUUACUGUAUUACAGAUUCUUAGCAUUUGCUUUGCACAAAACCUUCGUAAUGAUAUAUUGGCUCAAAAAGCGAAAUGGACAUGGCAUACACAUCCAAUGAUGCAUUAUUAUCGAAAUUAG